UACUAUCGCGUCGUUGGUUUGCAGUGCCAGCACCGUGUGCACGGGUUUCUCGUGCCUGACACAGGAAUGCAGGAGGCGGAGGCAUAACCGUAUUCAAACUUUCCUCAAUCGCACUGGAGCGGAGUUCCUCAGACACCCGUAACAUCCACACAGAUCCUCACAACCUGGAUUCAUUUCGGAUACUCAGAAAACAGACUUGUGCGAAGAUAACUUUUUUGCAUUAGACGUUUCUAAAUUAAACUGUAUCUUAUUUUAUCCAUAUCGACUUAACGCUUUGUUGUACGACACCAUAUACAGUCAUCCAGACGCUAUUUUUAAGUGCCCUUUGCAAGCGCGUUCCGGACUACUUGAAGCGACUGUCUUUGACAACUUAAUUUUAGUAAUAUAUAUGAGGAGCUCAGCGUGUGUCAUGCAGUUGUGUUUGUUCAGUUGAGUUUUUGUUUGCUUAUUGUUUUUUGACACGCCUGAAUUUGCUUAGCCAUGAACUAGGUUUAGUUUUGUCUGAAAGAAUCGGUUGUAUUUUUUGUAGUUUUUCCCCCAAGGUUAAUAAAACACAAAGACGACCGCUAGUCAAAACUAUUAUUGUCGCACAUCGAUUUUUUUAGUGUCUUUUUCAAAACUAUCUCUGAGCCGCGUGUUGCUCCGGGUUUUUAAGGAUGUUUGCUUACAACGUUGCCUCUGGAAGUUCGGAAAAGCUGCUUUUCUGUGGGUUUUUGCUUCUGGUUCGUUCGGUUUUGUGUCAUGGGUUUGCUGAAGAGUUCACCUCAGGCUCUGAUUUUGGGUCUGUUGUUCUGGAGCCUCUGGACGGGUUGAGAAAAUACGUGGAGUCCAUUGUUGGCCCCCAUGUGAUUGAGAUUUGUGUUGAGAAUGCUGUGUUGUACCUUGACUCAGUGUUUGGCCCAGAGAACAUCUAUUCUGUCGCAAUGUUUUUUGAAAUGUUGCUGAAGUUUGUUGCUGAAGGAGCUGCCAGUGGACUGAAUGUCAUUGCUGUGUAUGUGUCUGAGAUUCUCAGAGCUACAGGAGUGAAUGAGACAAUAUCAGUGCCUCAUUUCACCGCUGAGGGAGUGUCUGCUGUGACCAAGUGGGGUUUGCUGGCUCUGAUCAGUUACUGGCUCCUGUCUUUGUUGCUGCGAGUCACCGUAUCACUUGUAAGGCGAGUGUUUUGGCUGAUUAAAGCGGUUGUAGUGCUGUGGCUGUUUGUGCGGAUCGUCGGUGACCCCGCCGCCGCCACCGAACUCACUACAGUGAGAGUGAUUCUACUAGUGCUCAUCUGUGCUGUGUUUGGAGUCGCCACGAGCAGCGGCGGUGGGACAGGGGGAAAUCUGGAAAGCCGAAUCAGCAGACUGGAGGGACAAGUCAAAGGCCUGGAAAAGAAGAAAACACAGUAAUGAGCAGCUCAAAACUAGUAUACGGACUCAUGAUAACAGAUGAGGACUCAGGGAUGACCUCCGAAGUGUUUUAUGAAUAGCCUUAGGAGUAUUUAUAUCCCAUUUUGCCAGUUCAUUCUAGUGUUGAAUAUAUUUUAUCCAUUGGGCCACAGGGACUACUCCCAUAUUGUUUUUACAAAAAUGUAAAGCAAGAAGAAAAAACUCCAUCAGUCAGCUCUGUGAAUUUCAUGUGGUACAAUUAAAGUUAUCCUUGAAUGUU